AUGGGCCUCCAGGUCAUCAUCGUUGGAGCUGGGAUCGGUGGUCUCGCAGCUGCAGUUGCCCUCCGUCGCGCAGGACACCGAGUGACGGUGCUGGAAAAGUACGAUAGCAAGAGCGAGGUUGGAUUCGCCGUCGGGGUCUUCCCUAAUGCUACACGCGUACUCCGGAGUCUGGAGAUCGACUUCAAGCAAAUUAGACUGUCUCCGUGGGUGGGCUUGAACUAUGCUCGAGCAGAUCUCGACCCAAUGGAGUUGGUUGCGGAUGUCGGCGCAGCAGAAGGCAAGGUAUUGAGUACUGACUACGGCGCCCCAUCUUGUGCUGCCCAUCGGGUGGACCUUCAUGAGGCGCUCAGAGAUCACGCAAUCAGACCUGAGGGCACUGGUCCGCCGGCCGUGAUCAAGGGAGGAUGUACAGUGGUCAACUACAAUCCGCAAGCUGGGUCGGUCACACUUCAAGAUGGUGCGGUGCUCAAGGCCGAUGUCAUCGUUGCAGCUGACGGCGUAAAAUCGAAGGCGCAUAUCGCCAUCCUCGGUUACGAGCAACCGGCAAAGCUGACGAGACUCAGCAACAUCCGCUUUGUGUUGCCCACGGACAAAUUCAAGGAGAUUCCUGAACUGCAACUUAUGCCAGAAGCCGAGAAGAUGCCCACAUUCUACAGAGGUGCGGACCCAUCAAGGGGCUUGUUGAGGUACCCGUGCCGAGAAAACACGUUGCAGAACUUCGGCCUGUAUGAAGUCAGUACCGACCUCCCCGCCGAUGAGGAGAAAUGGCGAACGCAAACGAAGAAGGAAAUCGCCUUGGAACGCCUGAAAGGCUUCAACAACGGCCUCCACGAAGUUGUCCGCAGGGCUGAUGAAAAAGACAUGUACCUCUGGAAAGUAGCCGACCGCAUGCCUCUUCCCGCCUGGACUAAGGACAAGAUGACAUUGCUUGGCGAUGCAGCCCACCCAAUGCAACCUACCCUCGGCAACGGCGCUGCACAAUCGAUCGAGGAUGCUGGAGUCCUGGGAACCCUUCUGGAAGGCGUCGACGAUCCCACCGAAGUACCAGAACGCCUCAAGCUCUACGAGGAACUUCGCAGACCACGAGCGAGUGCUGUGCAACUGCUUUCGAUGUCGGGGAAUUUGUACUAUCGAUUAAGUGAUGAGGUGCAGAAGGUGCUGAGGACUUUUGUGGCCGAGGAGGAUUUCCCGGUUCUCACUAGGCCUGGGGCGAAUCAUUUCCUGUUCAAGUUUGAUUGUAUUGAGGAGGCGAGGAGAGUUUUGGGCGAGAGGUAUGGGCGUAGGACGGAUAGUGUGCAGGGUUUCGAGCUCUAUGGUAAUGGCCACAAGGCAUAG